GGGACUCAGAGUUUAAGGCUCCUCUCCCAUAGAGCAACUCCGCACAAGCCGAGCAGACCCAACUUUGGGACUUUGAAUGAACGUAUUUACAUCCACCUUUCUCUUCAUGUCGACUUUUCUGGAAACAUUCACACGGAUGCCAUGGUUACUCCUACCACGAUCUUACAGGUGAACAAGGUGAUGUCCAUCUUUUUUUAUGUGAUAUUUCUCGCUUACCUUCGUGGCAUCCAGUCUACCAACAUGGAUCAGAGGAGUUUGCCAGAAGAUUCGAUAAAUUCCCUCAUUAUCAAACUCAUCCAGGCAGACAUUUUGAAGAACAAGCUCUCCAAGCAGAUGGUAGAUAUUAAGGAAAACUAUCAGAACACGGCGCAGAAAGCAGACGCUCAGCGAGACGCGGACGGGGGGGAAAACGCGAAAUCGGACUUCCAGCCGGUUAUCUCAGUGGAUACAGAUCUCUUGAGGCAGCAGAGACGCUACAACUCUCCCCGGGUCCUCCUGAGCGACAACACGCCGCUGGAGCCGCCGCCCCUGUACCUGAUGGAGGAUUAUAUCGGGAAUUCCGCUGCCAACAGGACCUCCCGCAGGAAGAGGUACGCGGAGCACAGGGGCCACCGAGGGGAAUACUCCGUUUGCGACAGCGAGAGUUUGUGGGUGACGGACAAAUCCUCUGCCAUCGACAUCAGGGGGCACCAGGUGACUGUUCUGGGAGAGAUCAAAACGGGCAACUCGCCGGUUAAGCAGUACUUUUACGAGACCAGGUGUAAGGAAGCCAAGCCGGUGAAAAACGGCUGCCGGGGAAUCGACGACAAGCACUGGAACUCCCAAUGCAAGACAUCCCAAACUUAUGUCAGAGCACUGACCUCAGAAAACAACAAACUGGUAGGCUGGAGAUGGAUAAGGAUAGACACCUCCUGCGUGUGCGCGUUGUCGAGGAAAAUAGGAAGAACAUGAAUCUGCAUCUCUUCGCUAUAUAAAUUAUUACUUUAAAUUAUAUGAUAUGCAUGUAGCAUAUAAAUGUUUAUAUUGUUUUAUAUAUAUUAUAAGUUGACCUUAUUUAUUAAACUUCAGCAAAUCUACAGUAUAUAAGCUUUCUCUCUCAAUAAACAAGAGCAAAGGGUGUGUGCCUCCGCUGUGGGCAGCUCCAGGUUUUUCUUAGACUAUGUUUGUGACACUGCUUGUCGGCAGCAUACCGUAACCUUCCUGUAAAAUCUGUGUAAAAUCAGUAUUUUUCAUUCAGUAUUGUCAAACCAGUGACUGUCAUUUAGUAAACUUGUUAAAAAUCAGAUCAGUGCCAAGAGUUGUGUACAUAUUUAUAUUCCCUGCUCUAUACAUUCACAUUUAAUUGGAUGCAGUGUUGACUCCUCACCGCCAAAGCAAAAAUGGACCAAAAUACGUGUUGUAGCCUGCAGAUGAUGUCAAAUUUGCAGACAUCAGGUAGCCCUAAAAUAAAGUUUCUGUGUAUUAUGCCAGUUUUGCCAGUGAAAUUACCAUUUUUCCUCUCUUAGCAUUUCAGGAUGGCUACUAGUAAUCCAGCAACUUCCAUUUAUGUUCCUGAAGCACAUUUGUUUUGCAACUGUUCCUAAUGCUGCCAGUGCAUCAUUGAAAAAAUAUG